GCGAUCUCCGUGCAGCGACGACGCCGCGGCGGCGGUAUCUUUGUCUUUAUCAGCCUCGAAGAUGGAUUUGUAUAAAUAAUAAAGAUCGCUCCCAUCCAAAGACAGAAGCAGUUCAUAUCUCGAAUUGAAAGAACCAAAAACGAAGCUGAAAGAUGCGCGCAUUCAUCGUCUUGUGUUUGGUGGCAGUCGCCUGCGCCGAUAAGCUCGGCUACAACUACCAGCCCGUGGGACACUCCAACUCCGGCCUGUCUUUCGCUCCUGGCAGCGGCAGCAUCGGCGGCGGCAGCAUUGGAGGUGGCAGCAUCGGCGGUGGCAGCAUUGGAGGUGGACUUCAAGGGCUCGGAGGUGGUCUAGGAGGUGGCAGCAUCGGAGGUGGACUUGGAGGACUUGGAGGAGGAUCCCUCGGAGGAGGAUCUCUCGGCGGUGGAUCCCUCGGUGGUGGCCUCAUUGGUGGCGACUCUGGUCUGGGCGGCCUCGGUGGUCUGUCUGGCGAUUCUCUGAACGCACCCGUCUCCUACAACGCCCCUGCCCCUACUGCCGAGCUCGAGAAGGAGUUCUUCACUUUCAGCGCCAACGAACAGGACUUCGAUGAGCCCCAGGCUUUGGAGCGCGUUGCCGGUUCAGUCAACAAGGGUCUCCGUGUGGUCUUCAUCAAGGGACCCGAGAACCGUGGUCUGGAGAACGCUGCCCUGGCCCUGGCCAAGCAGGCUGCCCAGCAGGAGACCGCCAUCUAUGUCCUGAACAAGCAGGCCGAUAUCGGAGAUCUGGCCAACAAGCUGAAUGCCAUCCGCAGCAACAACAACAACAAGCCCGAGGUGCACUUCGUCAAGUACCGCACUCCCGAGGACGCUGCCAACGCCCAGCGCGCCAUCCAGUCGCAGUACGAUCAGCUCGGUGGCACCUCCUCGGCCACCGAUGGUGGUGUUGCCCCAGCCCUGAACUUCGCCUCCGCUGGUCCAGUGCGUCAGGCUACUGCCCAGAGCCCCGACAACUCCUACCUGCCAACUUCGGUCUUCCGUCGUCUGCGUUUCUAAAUGGAUUCCUGGACAUAGCUUAAGUGUGAACCGACUGAAGAAACUUCACUACCGACUCUUCUUGUUACAAAUUGUUGACUAAUGCAUAAUUACCCGAAUAAAUUUGAGAUUUAUAUUUGACCCCGAAAA